AUGCAAGUUUUUACAAUAUUAGCAUAUGUUACUGUUGUUUGCUGCUUUCUUUUGCCAUUCAGUGAACAACAAUAUACACCAGAUUGGAAAUCCUUAGACUCACGUCCAUUACCGGCAUGGUAUGAUGAAAGCAAAAUAGGUAUCUUUAUUCAUUGGGGUGUCUUCAGUGUUCCAUCGAUCGAGUCCGAAUGGAUGUGGUGGGAUUGGAAAGG